UUUCCUUUUUCUUUUUCUUUUCCUUUUCCGCUCCUUUCCUUUUUCUUUUCCUUUUGCCUUUCAACCCCCGAAGUCUUCAUCAGCAAGUCUAAAGCAAUUGCUCCUCCCUUUUCCCACCUAUUCUCACUCUGCGCACUCCUCCUUUCACUCUCUAAAAACCUCACCUUCUCUCUCUCAAAUCCAGAGCGCACAGAGACGCGAUGUCUCAACGCCGACGCCGCCGAGGCCGAGGCCGUCAUUCCGAACCCUCGUACGGCUCGGACGCCCCGCCGUCUAAUUGCGAUGGAGGAGACGGAGGCCGUGGUCGGGUACGAAACACCGGUGCUGCACUGUGGUCUCAGUCCGAAUCGGGCCCUAGCCAUGGCUGUCCUGGAGUCGUCGCCGCUCCGACUGCGGCUCAAACUCCCUCGCCGGCACCGUUGGCUCAAACACCGGUUUCUCGCGGACCGGCGCCCGCUCAGUCGUCUUCCAUCUGGGCGCAGACCCCUCUCAUCUGUGAGUUGGAGCAGAAACUGAUGCUGACCGCCCCGCCACCGUCGUCGUCGAAGCCCGUCGUGCAUCCGGCUAGGCCUGGCUACGGGAAGGUCGGCGAGAAGGUCCGAGUCAGGGCCAACCACUUCCUAGUGGAGGUUAGAGCGAGUGAUCUCCAUCACUACUAUGUGUCGAUUACCCCUAAAGUUGCAUCGAAAAAGAUCAACAAAGAUGUCAUUAAGCAGCUCGUAAAACUUUACAAGGAGUCCCACCUGGGCAACAGAAUCCCAGCUUAUGAUGGCAUGACAAGUAUUUAUACAGCAGGGCCCUUACCAUUUGCCUCGGAAGAGUUUGUGGUAAAGUUGGCCGAGAGAGAAGCUUCUGCUGUUGCUGCUGGUUCAUUUUUGAGGGACCAAGAGUUCAAGGUCACUCUCAAGUUGGCUAGCAAAGCCGACCUGCAUCAGCUGCAACAACAUGAGUCGCCUCGAGACGUACUUCAAGUUCUGGAUGUUGUUCUUAGGGCCACAACUUCUGAAAAGUACACUGUUGUUGGGAGGUCAUUUUUUGGCGUUGAGCUUGGGCAGAAAGGUGAUUUUGUUGAGGGUCUGGAAUACUGGAGAGGCUUUUACCAGAGUGUAAGGCUGACUCAGUUUGGGCUUUCACUCAAUAUAGAUGUCACUGCCAAAGCAUUUUAUGAACCUAUUCUUGUAACUGAGUUUGUGAAAAAACUUUUGAACUACAGAGAACUGUCAAGGCCUUUGCCUGAUUGUGAUCGUUUUAAGGUGAAAAAGGCCUUAAAGGGGGUCCGUGUAGCACUUUCUUAUCGUGAGAAUAUAUCUUAUAGAAUCACUGGGGUCUCAGUGGAACCGCUGAGCAAAUUAAUGUUCACUCUAGACGAUAAAACUAGAACUUCAGUAGUACAGUAUUAUCGCGAGAGGUACAAUAUUGUGCUAUGGGAUGUGGCAAUGCCUGCGCUUCAAUCUGGGAGUGAUUCAAAACCUGUUUAUUUGCCUAUGGAGCUUUGUUCCAUUGUUGCUGGGCAGAGGUACACUAAAAAGCUGAAUGAGAGACAAGUAACAGCUCUUCUGAGAUUAACUUGUCAACGCCCUGGAGACAGGGAGCUAAGUAUAUGCCAGAUGGUUAAAUACAAUGGUUACAAUAAGGAUGAGCUUAUCCAGCGGGAAUUUGGAAUGAAAAUAAAAGAAGAUAUGGCUUUAGUUAAUGCUCGUGUUCUGCCGCCGCCUUCGCUGAAAUACCAUGACACUGGCCGUGAGAAGUCCGAAAAUCCACGAACGGGACAUUGGAAUAUGAUCAACAAGAAAAUGGUUAACGGUGGUCGAGUAGAUUUCUGGGCAUGUGUCAAUUUCUCCCGAUUGGACCCAAGUUUUAACUUCCGAUUUUGUGAUGAUUUGGUCAAUAUGUGCAACAGCAGGGGAGUGCAUUUCCAUCCGCAACCUUUAAUUCCUCAUCAAUCAGCUCAUCCUGGGCAAAUAGAGAGGGUGCUCAGAGAUAUCCAUAAGAUGUCUAGGAAGAAACUUGAAGAAAGUGGACAUAAGGGAAAGCCUCUUCAGUUGUUAAUUAUCAUUUUGCCUGAUGUCACUCCAUCAUAUGGUAUGAUAAAACGAAUCUGUGAAACUGAGUUAGGAAUUGUAUCUCAGUGCUGUCGGCCUAGGACAGCAUCAAAGCUCAGCAAACAAUACCUAGAAAAUUUGUCACUCAAGAUAAAUGUGAAGGUUGGUGGAAGGAACACUGUUCUAACAGACGCCAUUCAAAGAAGGAUUCCUCUGGUUAGUGACAUUCCCACAAUCAUCUUUGGUGCGGAUGUUACCCAUCCGCCACCUGGGGUGGACAGCAGUCCGUCAGUUGCAGCUGUGGUGGCGUCCAUGGAUUGGCCAGAGGUCACUAUGUACCGAGGAAUUGUUUCUGCACAGGCUCACCGUGAAGAAAUAAUCCAAGAUCUUUAUAGUAUUAAACAGGACCCUAGCAGAGGUCUGGUUGUUGGAGGAAUGAUCAGGGAGCAUUUAAUAGCAUUUCGACAAGCAACUGGCCUAAAACCAGAGAGAAUUCUCUACUUCAGAGAUGGAGUUUGUGAAGGGCAAUUUAGUCAAGUUCUGCUGUAUGAAAUGGAUUCUAUAAGAAAGGCUUGUCAAUCGCUUCAGGAGGGAUAUCUACCACCGGUUACUUUUGUUGUGGUGCAGAAAAGUCAUCAUACUCGCCUGUUCCCUACUGAUCAUCGGAAGACUAAUCAGAGUGGCAAUAUUCAACCAGGCACUGUCAUUGACACCCAGAUUUGUCAUUCGACGGAGUUUGACUUCUAUCUCAACAGUCAUGCUGGCAUUCAGGGAACUAGCAGGCCUGCACAUUACCAUGUCUUAUUUGAUGAGAACAAAUUCUCCCCUGAUGCCUUGCAAAUGCUAACGAACAACCUAUGCUAUACAUAUGCAAGGUGCACUCGCUCAGUUUCCAUUGUUCCUCCUACAUACUAUGCUCAUUUGGCUGCCUGCCGUGGACAAUACUACAUUAAGGGUGAGUAUUCUGAUGGAGAUUCUAAUACCGGAUCUACGGCUGGGGGUGUCGGGGGUGCUGAUGGUGUGAGGUUCUGUGCCCUUUCAGAGAUCAAGGAAAAUGUGAAGGAAGUCAUGUUCUACUGCUGAAUCAGGCUUAAGGUCCGUUUUGUCACUGGUGGUGUUUAGUUUCUAGUAGUCGUGUUUUGUCAAGGUCCAUUUUGUCACUGGUGUCGGUUAGUUUCUAGCAAUCGUGUUUUGUCGAGGUUGUAUGAACUAAAGUUGUACAAGACUCUAAUCUUAUCCAUGAUGGUAGUUUUGUGUCCUAUGAGGGGCUUAUGAAACUAGUUUUGUGUCCUAUGAAGGCUUAUGAAACUAGUUUUGUAGGUCGGUCCGUAACCCUUGCGUUCGGGCUAGAUCCGUCCCUUGCACAAAUCCCCUGGGUCUUGCAUGUCAGGCAAGGUUUGUAGCUUGGUGUACUAUAAUAGAAGUUUGUUAUUAGUUUGAGUAGUGCCUUUGUAGGGCCUUUGUUAGGCCUUGGGCUCACAAUCAAAGCUAAUACGAGUCUGAGCGUGCUAUUGUUAUCUUUGUAUAACAGAUUGUCUUGUUAGUUAUGUAAAUAGGUCAAUUACUUGCGCCACAAGUUAUUUCGACUUCUUAGUUUGAUCGAAUUGUUCACAGA